GUUGGCCUAACCCACCUAAAUUCUUGGUGUUUUUUAAAUUUUGACUUAAUCAGAUCUCUUUUUCACUCUCUCUUUAUACUCUUUAAUCUCAAUAUUUUCCUUAUUUGCCCUCCACUUUCUCCCUGUCAAAUUGUCUCCUUCAAAAUGCCAAUUCAAAUAAACAAAUCAAAGCUAAAAAUAUAAAUAAUUACAAUUAGAUAUAAAUAAUACUCCACAACUUCGUUUUUAUUUCCAGUAAAUCACCAUUUUUCAUAUUAUGUUGGAGCUUUUUUGUGCUGCAAAAAAAGUUAGAGAGAGAAAGUAAAACAGAGAAGAAAGAAAAUCAAGAAACCAAAAAAAAUGGGAAAUCUUUGGAAAACGCAACAAUCUCAUCAACAAUCUUUAACCAGGAAAUUGUUACCUUAUGUACUUUAUGCAAUACUUCCAUUAGCUCUCCUCCAUUUUUACCUUUACCCUUCUCCUCCUCCUCUUCUAGAUUCUUCUUCUGUUAUUAAAGAUCAAUUUUCUAAUCUUAAUCCCAUUUCUAAAGCGGAAAAAACUGGAAAUGGGGUUUUGGAUUCAGUGUCAGAACCUCCUAAAGAAAAGGAAAAUGUGAAUGAGAUUCUAAUUUCAUCUACACCACCCCCAAAAGCAGAAGAAGAAAGUAAAGAAAUUGCAUCAGUUUGUGAUUAUACAAAUGGAAAAUGGGUCCAAGAAAAGAAAGGACCUUUGUAUAAUGGCUCAAGUUGUGGAACAAUUAAAGAUGGGCAAAAUUGCAUGAAUCAUGGAAGACCUGAUAUGGAUUAUCUUUAUUGGAAAUGGCAGCCAAAAGAAUGCAAUCUUGAUAGGUUUGACCCUCAAUUGUUUUUGCAAAUUCUUGAAGGAAAACAUUUGGCUUUUGUUGGGGAUUCCAUGGCAAGGAAUCAGUUAGAGUCUUUGUUGUGUAUGUUAAGCUCGGUUUCGCCCCCGAAUCUGAUUUACUCGAAUGGGGAUGAUAAUAAGUUCAGGAGAUGGCAUUUCCCUUCUCAUAAUGUUAAUGUUUCUGUGUAUUGGUCACCUUUUCUUGUUAAUGGGAUUGAGAAAUCAAGUGAUGGGACUAUAAAUUACAAUCAAUUGUUCUUUGAUUCGGUUGAUGAGAGGUGGGGUUCUGAGCUGGAUUCGAUUGAUAUGGUGGUUCUGUCGAUUGGUCAUUGGUAUUUGCAUCCUGCUAUAUAUCGCGAUGGGGAAGUUGAGCUCGGGUGCCAUGCUCUUGAUAGUAUGAAUUGUACUGAUGUCGAGUUCUAUGAUGUGUUUGGCAAGGCUUUUAACACCAGCCUAAAGGCGAUUAUUGAAAGGAAAUCAAAGUCGGAAGGGAAUGGUAUUGAUGUUAUUGUGACUACAUUUUCUCCACAUCAUUUUGAAGGGGAAUGGGAUCAGUUUGGAGCUUGCUCUAAGACAAAGCCAUACAUGGAAGAGGAGAAAUCUCUUGAUUGGAUGGAUUCCCGUAUGAGGCAAGCAGAGGUUGAAGAAGUGGAAAAGGCUAAGACAAUACUAAAUGCUGAUAAUAAUGCUAUGCCUAAGGUUAGGGUAGCGGCAUUAGAUGUCACCAAGUUGGCUAUGUUAAGGCCCGAUGGUCACCCCGGCCCUUACAUGCAUCCUAACCCUUUUGCCGAUGGGAUUAAGGAACGUGUUCAGAAUGAUUGUGUGCACUGGUGCUUGCCAGGACCAAUUGAUACAUGGAACGAGAUCAUGCUCGAUGUUAUGAAGAGAUGGCGUGCAUCAUCAAUGAAAUGAGCUGAGAGCAAUUUUCAUUGAAUUCAAUUGGAGGAUUUCUUGUCCUCUACUUCUUUUGUCAAACUAGUUGACAUCAGAUGUUGCAAAAGAGAAAUCAUAGAGAUAUUUGUGGUUGUUAGAUGAUGGUGGUCAAGGCUUUUUGUUGUCUUCCUCUGUUUAAUGUAUAUAAACAAUAUGGAAGUGGCACUUAGAAAGGGUUUGAAUAAGAAAAAGAAUGACCAGAUCACCAGAGUCUAGCCGCCUUACACGGGAUGUUCAAGACUACAGUUGCGAGGAUUUUGCUGCAUCGGUUAGUUUUCAUGGCAAGUUCUUGUGAUGUGAGCUAUUACCACAUACUCAGUAUCCGACCGUUUGUAAUCAAAUUAGUUGUAGAAUUCAGCCUGCUAAUAUAUUGACUAGUUUCUUACAGUUUUCUAUGUUGGAGUUAUAGUUGGACUGGUCUACUAGUCCUUUACUUUUGUCACUUGGACGUGUAUUAUCCCUUUCAUAUGAUAAAUUUGUUGAUGAUUAAGCAAUACAAUGUUAUACCAUCUAUUAUGCUUUGUGACUGCAAGAAAUUGAUUCU